AUGGCCGGGUACCUCGCUUGGCCACGGUUGCUUGCUCUGUUCUGCAUCCUCCGCCUCGCUUGCCAGGAAACAGCAUGGACGCUGAACAACGAGGCUGUGUUUUGCUAUCAAAAACCCAGCACAGCCUCAGGCUGCCAGCCUUCGGACACGAAUAUGGGGCCACCCCGCGAGCUGGCCAGCAUACUGCGCACUUUGCUGUUUGACAUCUGCACUUUCGCUGCUGCACUCCGUAUGUCAGUUCGGAAGCAAGAAAUGGGUUUGGACGAAGGGAAACGCGAGACGGACCGCUGCGCUGCCGCGCUCGGGAUCAUCACCGAAACGCACAGCCCUGAAGCGCACGCGACGUCCGCAGCCUGUGUAAGGACAGCCCUUCCGGCGGCGCUUCCCCUUCUGGCGUAA